AUGUCCUUCGGCUGGCUCGGCCCGCCGCGCCUGUCCUUCGGCGCCCGCGACGCCGCCGCCGCUGCCGCGGUGCCAACGGAGGUGGAGGAGCCCGCCUCCACGGCGGCGUCGUCCAAGGCGGAACCGGCGGCGAUCUCCAAGGACUUCAUCGACUUCGAGUUCAGCCUCGGCGGGUCCGCCACCAUGCUCCCCGCGGACGAGCUCUUCGCCGACGGGAAGCUGCUCCCGCUCCGCCCGCAAGGUGCCGCCGGGAAGAUGGCGGCGGCCACGGAGGCCGAGCGGGAGCUGGUGCGGCGGGACACCGCGCUGGUCGCGGAGGUCACGCCCUCGCCGGAGCCGCUCAGGGCGAUGCACCCCGCGGCGGCGGAGGCGGCGCUCGACCCGUACGUGUUCUCGCCCAAGGCGCCCACGUGCUCCAGCCGGUGGCGGGAGCUGCUCCGGCUCAGGAAGGUCCAGACGCCGCAGAAGCCGUCCCCGUCCGCGUCCGCGUCGCCGUCGGCGUCCCCCGCGGCGACGGCGUCGACCCCGUCCAGAGCGUCCAACUCCUCGGCGGCCAGGUCGCUGAAGCUGCUGCUCCUCCAGCGGAACGGCGGCCGCGCGUCGGGCGCCGCCGCGUCGGACCUCUCCGCGGCGCCUCUCCUCCGCGACAGCUCCGACUCGGAGACGUCCCUCUCCCUCGCCUCCUCCCGCUUCUCGCUCUCGUCGUCGUCCUCCUCAUCCUGCCACGACCACGACGACUUCCCGCGCCACUCCCUCGACUCCAUCGACCCCACCCCACGUCCCCGCAUCCGCAUAGUCCGUUCCCACCAGCACGCGCCGCAGCCGCAACCGCAAUCACACCCACACGUCGCUGCAUCCGCCCCGGCUCCCGCCCGCGCCGCACAUAGUCCCGCUCGCCGCCGCCCGUCUCCGUCGCCCCCGCCGCCGCCAAGCGUGGUCUCCGUGGACUCCCCACGCAUGAACGCGUCAGGCAAGAUCGUGUUUCAGGGCCUGGAACGUAGCUCCAGCUCCCCCGGCGGCAGUGUGCACUCAUACAUGCGGUCACGGUCCCGCGUCAUGGACCGAUCCUACUCCGCGGGCGUCCGCGCCACGCCGGUCGUGCUCAACGUGCCAGUGUGCUCACGGCCGGUGUUCGGCUUCUUCAAGGACAAGAAGGACGCCGCGGCCAAGGACGCAGCUUCCGUGCGGGCGCGGUCGGCGCUGGGCCGUAGGACGACCGCCGGCAGCACCACCCCGGCCGCCGCAGCCGGUGGAGUGAGCGGCAGAGAUCUUGGCAGUGGUAACUGA